GUUUGCCAUUUUCGGCUUUUUGACACUAGCUCCGGCUUUCUUUUCCUCUGUUCGUUAUUCCGUGUGCUUCCUUGUUUAUUUGUUUGUCUGUUUGUUUGUUUGUUUGUUUGUUUUAGAAACAUUAUUAUUUUCUAGACUUUUGUUAUAAAGGCGAACAUCAUUUCUGUUUGUAGAAGCGUUUAAAAACUAGAGUUAAUAACCGUAGGUGUAAAUAAAGAUAGUUGGUAGAAUCGGUGUUAGCGGUUUGCUAGUGGCUUUGUUCAGUAAAGGGGGAUAGCAUAGCGCUUAGCCUAGCCUAGCCUAGCCUAGCUUAGCUUAGCUUAGCUUAGCUUAGCUAGCACUUUCAUUAGCUUUUGGAGUUAGUAUAAAUUUAAGUAAAUGACAAGGUCGUAUAUUUGUGUCUAGGAGAAGGACAGGAUAGUUAAAGAGCUGUGUUUCAGUGUUAUUGUGAGUUUCUGUACAAUACUCAGGGUUAAGUGUGUGUGUGUGUGUGUGUGUGUGUGUGUGUUGCACUCCUCUCACCCCUCCUCCCCUUUAAAACUUGAUUAUACAAAACGGAGCAGUUCAGUGAGUUCAGUAUGAGUUAUAAACCCAUCGCUCCAGCACCUGCAGGCUCCAAUCACACACCUCCAGGGUCAUGCGGCUCGUCUCCGUCUCUGCCCUCGGCCUCCACCUUCAGACCAGCGUUCAGCGACUUCGGUCCGCCGUCCAUGGGCUUCGUACAGCCAGUGAAAGUGUCUCAGGGCUCCACCUACAGCGAGCUGCUGUCCGUUAUAGAGGAGAUGAGUCGAGAAAUCAGGCCCACGUACGCCGGCAGUAAAAGUGCCAUGGAGAGACUGAAGAGAGGAAUCAUCCACGCUCGAGCUCUAGUGAGAGAGUGUCUAGCUGAAACUGAGCGCAGCGCUCGCACAUAACACACAUCCACCUCUCUGUAUACGCUGUCUCUCCAUCUCUCUCUUAUUCUCACACACACACACUUUUACACACCACUGUUCCACAUAAUUACUUUUGUAAUUUCAAACUUUUUGCAGUUCUGUAUUUAAAUGCAAAAAAAAAACCCAAUAAAAAUCUGGUUUUGCAAUUAAA